AUGGGCAUCAUUGGCGCUGGUCAUAUCGGAAAAGCCAUUGCUAAGCGCGCGCAAGGCUUCGAUAUGAAGGUUUUGUUCAAUGACCUUGGCGAAGGAUUUACACCACUCGAUCAAUUACUCAAGCAAAGUGAUUUUGUUGUCGCUGCUUGCCCAUUGACUGAGAAGACAAGGAAUUUGAUCAGCCACAACGAAAUUGCUCUCAUGAAACCUACAGCGGUCCUCGCAAACAUCGGACGUGGCCCAGUUUUCGAUGUCGAAGCUGUUGCUGAUGCUUUAGAGCAGAAGAAGAUCUACGGCGCUGCACUCGAUGUCAUCGAUCCAGAGCCAUUCCCACCAACACACAGAAUUCUUAAGUGCAAGAACCUUGUCAUUACUCCUCAUAUCGGCUCAUCAACAAUCGAAACAACAAACAACAUGGCAAUCGAGUCUGCAAACGCAUGUGUCUACUUUUUAAAUGGAGAAAGAGUUCCAAAUGUUUCAAAUCCAAAGGUCUACGAAAAAUAA